AUGGAGAGAGGUAUUAUACAUAGGUUCGAGAAAUCUCUUUAUGAUCUGAUCAAAGGUCUUCGAAACCAUAGAGGCGCAGAGGAUGAAUAUAUUCAGGAUUGUCUGCGAGAAUGCAAGGCCGAGGUCAAAUCGCAAGACAUGGAUAAGAAAGCAACAGCUGUUUUGAAGCUGAUAUAUCUUGAGAUGUUUGGUUAUGACAUGUCAUGGGCUUCUUUCCAUGUACUUGAGGUCAUGUCAUCUUCAAAGUACUUGCAGAAAAGAGUUGGUUAUGUGGGCGCAGCCCAAAGCUUUCGACCAGAUACAGAGGUAUUAAUGCUGGCUACAAAUUUGUUAAAGAAGGAUUUGACAUCUUCCAAUAUCCUUAGUGUGUCACUCCCCCUUGUCACACUUCCACACAUUAUCAGCCCUUCACUUGCAAUGUCAUUGCUCCCGGAUAUCUUGGCUCGGCUUUCACACAGUCAUGCCGCCACCCGGAAGAAGGCAAUUGUGUCGCUUUAUAGACUUGCUUUGGUCUAUCCUGAUGCGCUUAAGCUAGCAUGGCCCAGAAUUAAAGAUCGUCUCAUGGAUAGUCAGGAAGAUGGAAGUGUAACAACCGCUGUUAUCAAUGUUGUAUGUGAACUUGGGUGGAGAAGACCAGGCGACUUUCUUCCCCUUGCACCGAGAUUUUUCGAUUUGCUGGUAGAAGGUGGGAAUAAUUGGAUGGCUAUAAAAAUAAUAAAACUUUUCGCAGCUUUGACUUCGGUGGAACCACGCCUAGUUCGGAAGCUUCUCCGACCGUUGACAAAUAUAAUACAGACGACUACUGCUAUGUCCUUAUUAUACGAGUGUAUAAACGGCAUUAUCCAGGGUGGAAUUCUAGAUGGUGAUGAUAACCUGCGAGAAAAGGAUGAGAUUGCCAGUCUAUGUGUUGGAAAGCUUCGGGGCAUGAUUGUUAUGGAUGCUGAUCCAAACCUAAAGUACGUUGCACUUCUUGCGUUCAACCGGAUUGUAACAUCGCAUCCUACGUUGGUAUAUAUGCAACAGGACGUGAUAACAGAUUGCUUGGACGAUGAAGACGUUUCCAUUAGACUACAGGCGCUUGAGCUUGCAGUGGGCAUGGUUACCAGUGAAACACUUCAGUUCGUCGUCAAUCGUCUUGUUGAUCAACUACGCAAUUCCUCGUCUGGGUAUAAAAGCCAGCCAAGCCCUGAAGAUCCAAGCGCCGUCCAAUUAUCUAGUGAUUAUGGCCUGGAAGAAUCGACCAAGCUGCGGUGUCAAAGGACUUGCACUUCCCUUCCACUGCUAGGCGGCUAUAAGAUCGAAGUCCUCCAUCGAAUCUUGGACAUAUGUUCACGCAAUAACUAUUCGGAGUUGCCAGAUUUCGAAUGGUACAUCGAUAUUCUGGUACAACUAGUCUCAUUCUUGCCUCAAGCGAACCUUGAACGGUAUUCUUUGCUAUCUAGCACUUUCCGGGAUAUUGCGGAUGACUUUGAUGAAGACAAAGACAUUUCAUCGAGAAUGGGAUCAGAAAUACGCAAUGUCGCUGUUCGCGUGAAAAGUGUCCGAAUGGAAGCAACCAGGGCAGCAGAAUCUCUGCUCCUCAACCGAAGAGGACCAGACUCGGAUUUUAACCCUGAUUAUAGAUUUUUAGGUCCUAUUGCUUGGGUGGUCGGUGAAUACGCGGAAUUCCUUGCGUUUCCGGAGCGUACCCUACGGUCAUUGAUUGACAUUUCAAAUGUGUCUUUGCCGAUAGGGACUCUUUCUCUUUAUUUGCAAGCAAUCCCCAAAGUAUUUAUUCACUUUGUUUCUGGCAAUACGUCGGGGAACACUGAAGUGCUCCUUUUUUUGACCCGAAUUAUAGAGUUCCUUGAAGCACUAUCUGUCCACCCUGACCUAGACAUACAAGAAAGAUCUAUCGAAUUUCUCGAAAUACUACGACUAGCAGCAGAGGCUUUGCGUUCAGCAAACUGCCAGCCAGGAGAUAUGCCACUCUUGUUAUCAUCUGUUAUACCAAGCUUAUUCUCUGGACUCGAACUCAAUCCGGUUGCUUUCAGUGCCCAGAGGAAGGUUCCGUUACCUGAGAAGUUAAUUCUAGGGCAGGUUUUGAAUUGGAAUCUUUCUGGGCUGUUCGGGGGUCACUAUAGCUGCCCUCACGGGCUAAAGGAUAGGAAGAUUUUCCAUGACUACUAUUAUUCACGAGAUGCACCGGCCCUCUAUAACCAGUUCACAGAGCCUGUUCAAACAGGCAUGCAGGUGGAUUUGCCAUACCAAAAUAUCCCAAGUGGACCUGCAGAUGAGUCUGCCAUAGCAAAACGGAGGACAGAACGCAGAGAGCGUAACAGAGAUGAUCCGUUCUACAUAGGUAUAGACGACUCGUCUGGCAGGUCCACACCAUUCUAUCCUGCAUCUACCGCUUCGAACGGUGAGCUAGACGUGGAUUCUAUUCCCAUCAUUGACCUGACGAUAAAUGAAGGGAAACAGAAGAGUAUAUUUAAUAAUAGAAGGAAGCUCUACUCACGUUCUACCAAGGUUGAUGUUGCUGUGGAUGAAACAAUCGGAUAUGAUGAUUCGGCAGGGGCAUCUACAGCUUUUGGAAAUCUUAUCGAAUCGGGAAAGGUCAAAUCUUCUUUGCUACAGGUGGACUCGAGUAGCCUGAAGCAACUCUCACUGGAUGACGAAAAUCAAACGGGUCCUUUUGCAUCUCAGAACCGCACAAGAAGAAACGAUGAAGUGGAUAUGGCUAAAGCAAUGCAUGAGGUAGAGAAGGCCCGGUUGGAAAUGCAAAGAGAAUCGGAGAGGAUAAAUUUACAAGGCAUUCCGGCUGAAGGGACUCUCAUAAAGAAGAAGGCUAGGAAGAAUAACAGGAAGCACAUAACAGCAGCCGGGUCUGAGAGUUUGGGCGGUGAUUCUCACAGCUCCCAACAGCCUUUGGACUCGGGCGGCGUUACGCAAAAGAAAAGGGGGAGGAAAUGGGGGAAUUGA